AUGGCUGCGCCGCGACAGGAAGCUGCUCAUGAGAUUCAUGACACCGUCAUGCUGGAUUCUUUUGAUUUCCUUGGUGACAUUAAUCACGCUUUUCUUGACAAGCAGGCUACUCCUACAUGCCUGAACGACUUCAAGCUGCAAGCGAUCAAGGACUUUAAGAAGAGCUUUCGUAAAUACCGGACUUUGCAGCUGCAGUACAAUUUCAUGGAGGAGCAGAAAGCGGCGGGGAUUAUCCCGCACAGCAUUCGCAUCAAGCCUUUCGGCUUCGUAUGCAACUCCGAAGAACUUCGUCAAGAAGCUGACAAGGAUCUCCAGGCGGCCUGCGAGGUGUAUUGCAAGCAAGCGCAAGGAAUCCUUAUCGCGAUGAAGAAGGCAGCAGAACAAGCUCGCAACGACACUGCUGCAGUUUUUCAGAAGCUCCAGGACCAGGUCGAUAACUACAUCAAUCUGGCCAAGAAGACCGACAUCGGGACCAAGAACUCGAAGCUGACCGACAAUUUGAAUUUUUUCAAGCAUCGCGUCGUUUCUGAAUUCAAGGAAGCAAUGUCUAUUUUCGUUAUGGAGGCUAACCUUUCUGAAAUUCAUUUGAAGGAAAAGAAGUGGGAGAUUGACGAGAAGAAGGCUGCUGCGACAGAAGAAGCUGAAAACCUUCCGGUCGAUCCCACUGUUCGCGAGAUCGCCAAACAGGAGGCUGAAAAAGCAGUCGCUAAGCUCAAGCCGAAGUUUAAGUCUACUCCCAACGACAAUCGUCCUUCUGUUAACAACGGCAAGAAGAAAGCAUCAGCUGGCAAAAGGAAGACCUUCCCUGUCAACAACAGCAAGAAGGCUACCACGAUCGCGACGAAAAGGAACAAGAAGGCGCAGCCGAGGCAGAAUAGCAACGGCAUGAAACGUCAGAAUGGUUCCGGCAAGAAGGAGGAUUCUCAUUCCCUCGCACAACAACCACUCCAGUCUCAUUCCCUCGCACAACAACCCCUCCAGUCUCAUUCCCUCGCACAACAACCCCUCCAGUCUCAUUCCCUCGCACAACAACCCCUCCAGUCUCAUUCCCUCGCACAACAACCCCUCCAGUCUCAUUCCCUCGCACAACAACCCCUCCAGUCUCAUUCCCUCGCACAACAACCCCUCCAGUCUCAUUCCCUCGCACAACAACCCCUCCAGUCUCAUUCCCUCGCACAACAACCCCUCCAGUCUCAUUCCCUCGCACAACAACCCCUCCAGUCUCAUUCCCUCGCACAACAACCCCUCCAGUCUCAUUCCCUCGCACAACAACCCCUCCAGUCUCAUUCCCUCGCACAACAACCCCUCCAGUCUCAUUCCCUCGCACAACAACCCCUCCAGUCUCAUUCCCUCGCACAACAACCCCUCCAGUCUCAUUCCCUCGCACAACAACCCCUCCAGUCUCAUUCCCUCGCACAACAACCCCUCCAGUCUCAUUCCCUCGCACAACAACCCCUCCAGUCUCAUUCCCUCGCACAACAACCCCUCCAGUCUCAUUCCCUCGCACAGCAACCCCUCCAGUCUCAUUCCCUCGCACAACAACCCCUCCAGUCUCAUUCCCUCGCACAACAACCCCUCCAGUCUCAUUCCCUCGCACAACAACCCCUCCAGUCUCAUUCCCUCGCACAACAACCCCUCCAGUCUCAUUCCCUCGCACAACAACCCCUCCAGUCUCAUUCCCUCGCACAACAACCCCUCCAGUCUCAUUCCCUCGCACAACAACCCCUCCAGUCUCAUUCCCUCGCACAACAACCCCUCCAGUCUCAUUCCCUCGCACAACAACCCCUCCAGUCUCAUUCCCUCGCACAACAACCCCUCCAGUCUCAUUCCCUCGCACAACAACCCCUCCAGUCUCAUUCCCUCGCACAACAACCCCUCCAGUCUCAUUCCCUCGCACAACAACCCCUCCAGUCUCAUUCCCUCGCACAACAACCCCUCCAGUCUCAUUCCCUCGCACAACAACCCCUCCAGUCUCAUUCCCUCGCACAACAACCCCUCCAGUCUCAUUCCCUCGCACAACAACCCCUCCAGUCUCAUUCCCUCGCACAACAACCCCUCCUUGCUGCUCAUGCUUCACCUGCUGCUGCUGCUGCUGCUGCUGCUGCUGCUGCUGCUGUUCCUCCCACUCCCUCACUUGCUUAUACCAGCUUUGCCACUGCUCCUCAUUUGCCUGCCCCUGCCCCUGCCCCUGCCCCUGCCCCUGCCCCUGCCCCUGCCCCUGCCCCUGCCCCUGCCCCUGCCCCUGCCCCUGCCCCUGCCCCUGCCCCUGCCCCUGCCCCUGCUCCUGCCCCAACUCCUGCCUCCCUUGCUGCAGAACCUGCUUCUCCUGCUGCUGCGCUGUGCCCUCAUCUCCUCCCCUUCUCACCCCUCCACCGCCCACCAUCCCAGAUCCACCGUGUUGCAUUCCACUCGCGUCCUCCCCACACUGCCCGUCACUGCUGGAAGCCUGUGCCCCAUAACCCGAUGGAGCCUCGCCCUUGGGAAUGA